AUGGGUUCUCGUGAUGAUGAAUAUGAUUAUUUGUUUAAAGUAGUUUUAAUUGGUGAUUCUGGUGUUGGGAAAUCGAAUUUACUAUCACGAUUCACUCGGAAUGAAUUCAAUCUUGAAUCGAAAUCAACAAUAGGUGUUGAAUUUGCCACAAGGAGUAUUCAGGUUGAAGGAAAAACAGUGAAAGCUCAGAUAUGGGAUACAGCUGGUCAGGAACGGUAUAGAGCAAUUACUUCGGCUUAUUAUAGAGGAGCUGUUGGUGCAUUAUUAGUUUAUGAUAUCGCUAAACAUAUUACUUAUGAGAAUGUCGAAAGAUGGCUUAAAGAAUUACGAGAUCAUGCUGAUCAAAAUAUUGUAAUAAUGCUGGUUGGAAACAAGAGUGAUUUACGACACUUAAGAGCAGUACCAACAGAUGAAGCAAAAACUUAUGCUGAGAAGAAUCAACUUUCUUUCAUCGAGACAUCGGCUUUGGAUAGUACAAAUGUUGAAGCGGCUUUUACAAAUAUUCUCACAGAGAUAUAUAAAUCGGUGUCGGUGAAGCAUGUGGGAGGGGAUAACAGAUCGAUGAUUUCACCUCCAGGCUCGAAUGGCAUCGUUAUAUCACCUACCACUGAGCCUCAGACCAAAAAACAAUGUUGCUCUAGCCUGUAA